AAUCAGGUAUAUCUUAUAUCUAGUUUGCUCUUGCAAUUUUAUUUGAAAGAAAAACAAAAGUAAAAAAUGAAGUGCACAUUAUUAUUAGCCGUUUUUUGUCUAGCAACAAACAUUAUUUACGCAUCUGCAACUGACACGUGCGAUAAUUGCAUGACUAUAGUAGAUUUAGCCGUUGAUGUACUGAGUAUUGGUAUCUCAGAUGAACAAAUAACUGCUAUGGGGGAUUUUGCGUGUAAGAUGUUUCCUUUUUAUGUUAGGCCCAUGUGUCCGCUCUUCUACAAUGUCAUUUACUCAAUCGUGUAUGAUAUGCUUAUGGUUCAACAGAUUUCCAGUACAGAACUCUGCUCGAUUUCCCUAUUGUGCCCUGCUUCCACAUUUUGUCAAGAAAACAAAGGUUAUUAUAAAUUUCCGUUGACCGACGUUAUUUGUGAAAAAAUCGAAAAUGGGGAGCUUUAGUUCUUUAAUUGGUUGUAAUUUGAAAAUCAAUAAAUUUAUGAAUAAAUACUAUUUUAAGUAACA